AAGAGAUCUCAUUAGUGAUGGCACUAAAUCGUGUUUAUGAAGAUUUUCAACCUCCUCAUGAUUGGGUUCGUGACGAACAAAGUGAAACUCUCUCAUUCUUCAGCUUGAAGGAUUUUCAAGGAGCCAAUUGAAGGUUCAAAUAUCAGCAAUGCGCAGGAUCAGGGUGAGUGGUGAACGACAAAUAGAGGGCAACAUAUGGCGUCGUUUUUACUCGGAAUUCCCAGUCCCACAAGAUUCAGACACAAACAACAUUGGAGCCAAGUUUGAGAGAGGCACUUUGUACGUUAGAUUUCCCAAACUUAUCACUCCUGUUACGCCUCAACCACCGCCGACUCAACAAGCUCCUUCGGCGGCGCCACCGCCUAGGACACAACAACCUCCUCCUCCUCCACCACCGCCACCUUCGCCGCCAAAGCCGAGAACAAGAGAGGAACCAAAAGCAGAACAAACAAUCGAGAAGAAGCCAGAAACAAGGGAUCAGCCAAAGAUAGAACAGAAGGAGAAAGAACCACCAAAAGAGGAGAAGCAACAAGCCAAGGAGAAGGACAUUUCUCAAGGGAAAGGAUUGGUGGAGGAAGAAAAAGCCAGAAAGCUAAAGCACCAGAAACAGAUCAGAGACAUCUUCAAAAGAAAGAAGAAGAAUCCAGAAGGCCAUCAUCAUCAUCAUUUUCUGAAGGAGUAUUGGGUUCUAUGCAGGCUCAGGAUUAUAAGGACGCCAUUGUUGGCUUGGUUGGAGAGCUCAAGAAGCAAAAGACAGUGAUCAACAAGCUUGCGAUUGUUCUUGUGGUUCUUUUGCUUGGGCUCUAUCUCAAACACUUAGUCAAGUCAUCUUUUGGAGGAUCCAAAACCCACCAGGAGCUAUAAUUCAUCCAGAACUUAAUUAAUUGUUUCGAUAAUAAAAAUAAAGAGAAAAAAAAAGUGAGUAGUCAAGUCAUAUCUCUUUGGAAUUAUCGUGAUGUUCUCUGAUCUCAAUUAAUUUGUGUUUAAGAUAGACUUGUGUGUUGUGAUAUUGAUCAUUGUCAAAUACCAAAUCAUUUAAUUAUUCAUA